GCGCGGGCGGCGGGCGCCAUUGUGCUGUGGAGCAGGCCGCGCUUCUGGGACGGUGCGGGCCUCGCAGCACCGAGCUCUCCUCCUCCUGCCUCCCCUCUGCCCUGCGGAGAUGCCGCGCGUCUACAUCGGGCGCCUCAGCUACCACGUCCGGGAGAAGGACAUCCAGCGCUUCUUUAGCGGCUAUGGCCGCCUGCUCGAGGUCGAUCUCAAGAACGGCUACGGGUUCGUGGAGUUCGAGGACUCCCGCGACGCCGACGAUGCCGUUUACGAGCUGAACGGCAAAGACCUGUGCGGGGAGCGGGUGAUAGUGGAGCACGCCCGGGGCCCCCGCCGGGACAGGGACGGGUACAGCUACAGUAGCCGCAGUGGGGGUGGUGGAGGCGGUGGAUAUAGCAGUCGGAGACAAUCAGGAAGAGAUAAAUAUGGACCACCUGUUCGUACAGAAUACAGACUGAUUGUUGAAAACCUUUCCAGUCGUUGUAGUUGGCAGGAUUUGAAAGAUUUCAUGAGGCAAGCUGGGGAGGUAACCUAUGCGGAUGCUCACAAAGAACGCACAAAUGAAGGGGUAAUUGAAUUCCGAUCUUACUCUGACAUGAAGCGUGCUCUGGACAAAUUGGAUGGCACGGAGAUAAAUGGCAGGAAAAUCCGGCUGGUUGAAGACAAGCCACGGACAAGCCAUAGGCGAUCUUACUCUGGCAGCAGGUCAAGGUCACGAUCUAGAAGAAGGUCACGAAGCAGAAGUCGUAGGAGUAGCCGCAGCAGAUCCCGUAGUGCCUCAAAAAGCCGCUCGCGAUCUAAAUCCAGGUCACGAAGCAAAGAUCGUUCACGUUCCAGAUCUAAAAGCAGGAAGUCUAGAUCAAAGAGCAAAUCUAAACCCAAGUCUGACCGGGGCUCCCGCAGCAGAUCCAAGGAGAAAUCUGAGAAGUCUCGCAGCAGGUCUAGGUCCCUGUCUCGCUCUCCCAAAGAGAAUGGUAAAGGAGAGGCUAAGUCUAAAUCCAGGUCAAGGAGUAGGUCUCGUUCCAAAUCACCACAGCAGCAACCAACUGCCAAGGCUCGCUCUGAGUCACCGCCCAAAAGAGCUGCAUCAAGGUCCCGCUCCAGAUCUCAUUCAAAAUCUCGCUCACGAUCAAGAUCUAGUUCAAGAGAUUAAGACUAGAACUCUCCUCUUACUUCGCACACUAUUAUGGAACAUUUUCCUACUUGCCAGGCCAUUAAUCUUUUAUGUUAGUACUUAAGAAGUUGGUUUCUUCUCUUGCAGAAGGGAAUGGCCUGAGAACCAAGUAAUGAGGCAUAAAGGUUUGAUUCGUAUCUAAAUUUGAUGAAAAGAUGAAGUUGUACAGAAAUGUGCAAAGCAGGAAAAAGCCCCCCUUUUUGUAGAGAUUAAGCUAAACUUUUAAUUUUAUAGCAUUGCAGCAGGAAUAACUUAUCUGCUGUUGGGUGGAAAGUGGUUUUUUAUAUUAAAAAUACUCUUUGAGUAUGAGGUUUAAGUUCAGGCCUUUUGAGAACAUUAUUUUUCCUAAUUUUUUCACUAUUUUAAAAUUAUGGAUUUUAGUAGUUUAAUGGGUUAUGGCUUGCUACCAGAGGCAUGACAGACAGCCUUGUUGAACAGGUCAGUAUAGAUGAUGUGGCUAUCUUAAUUUGUGGAAGUAGAAUGUGAACUGGACAUAUGGUUGACACAAAACUAGGCAAAUUUCAGACCAGCAAUAAACUCAAUUUGAAGCA